UUCAACCUGACCACGUGGCACCUCGCACACGCAACACGUCGCCUUCACUUGAUUUUGUUGCAUUCAGGAAAAAAAACUGACAAUUGUAACAGUUUUAACUGCCAAAAAAGGUUGAUCAUUACAUGAGAGGCCGCGCACGUUAGCGAUUGUCGCAAUCCUGCACCCAAAUCAAGACCCCAUUUUUUGAUGUGCGGUUUUAUUGAUGUUUUUAGGUUUUUGCAAAGAGAUGAAUUUGAAAUAUUAGGAGAAUUCGGGGCAAUCUUCUUCUGGGUAAUGCAUGUAGGAUUCGAAUAUUCAAUUUUUGAAAAUUGAAUUUGGUGUUAGGGUUUGUUUGUGGGAGGAAUUGAGCUGUUUUUAGUAAUGGUUUUAGGGUGUUCAAAUGGGCAUUGUUUGUGUUAUUAUUUUAGUUGAAUGGCUGAUUCUCAGAGAGUUGGUGUUGUUGAGAGGGAUAUCGACCAGGCCAUUACGUCGCUUAAGAAAGGGGCCUAUUUGCUCAAGUAUGGCCGCAGAGGAAAGCCUAAGUUCUGCCCAUUUCAGCUUUCAAACGAUGAGUCUCUCUUGGUAUGGUACUCCGGAAAAGAAGAGAAGCACCUAAAACUUACUCAAGUUUCCAAGAUUAUUCCUGGCCAACGUACUGCAAUAUUUCAGCGCUACCCGAGGCCUGAAAAGGAGUACCAAUCCUUUUCUCUUUUAUACAAUGAUAGGUCAUUGGACUUGAUAUGUAAGGACAAGGAUGAGGCUGAAGUAUGGUUUGUUGGCCUUAAGGCAUUGAUAACUCGUAAUACCUACCAACGCAAGUGGAGAUUGGAGUCCAAAACUGAAAGUACAUCGUCAGAUAGUCCACAAACUCGUACACGGAAACAUUCUCCGUCAAUUUCACCUUUUGAUCCUGGGCAAGGAGAUGGUAAAGGAAGUCACGUUCUUUGUGAAAGUAUUCCAUCAAAUAGACUGGGAAGGGCAUUCUGUGAUAUAAUAUCAUAUACUGCUGGAGAAAAGAGUCCCACACAAGCAGAAUUACAUGCUAGUCCUUUUAGCUUACUAAAUGCUGCAUGUGUAGACAGCACAAAUGGGCGGACUUCUACGACAGACACAGUCAGAGUCAGUUUAUCUAGUGCAGUAAGCUCAUCUAGCCAGGGUUCCUGUCAUGAAGACUUUGAUGCCUUGGGUGAUGUUUUCUUUUGGGGAGAAGGUACUGGAGAUGGAAUUGUAGGCGGUGGUGUACAUAGAAUUGGAAAUUUAUCUAGCUCGAAGGUUGACGCGCUUCUGCCAACGGCAUUGGAGUCUAAAGUUGUUCUAGAUGUGCAUAAUAUUGCUUGUGGUGGCAGGCAUGCUGUGUUAGUUACUAAGCAAGGUGAGAUCUUUAGCUGGGGGGAAGAGUCGGGAGGUAGACUGGGGCAUGGCAUAGAAGCAGAUAUUCCCCAUCCAAAGCUUAUAGAUAGCUUGGCUGGUAUGAAUAUAGAGUUAGUAGCAUGUGGAGAGUACCACACCUGUGCUGUUACACUUUCUGGGGAUUUGUACACAUGGGGUGAUGGUGCUUACUCAUGUGGUCUUAUUGGGCAUGGAAGUGAAGCGAGUCAUUGGAUACCUAAAAGAAUUAGUGGCGACCUGGACGGCAUACACGUAUCAUAUAUAUCAUGUGGACCUUGGCAUACUGCUGCAGUGACGUCUGCUGGCCGGUUGUUUACGUUUGGGGAUGGAACUUUUGGGGCUCUUGGCCAUGGAGAUCACAGUAGCUCAAGCUUGCCACGGGAAGUGGGAACCUUGAGAGGACUUAAAACAAUGAGGGUUUCUUGUGGUGUUUGGCACACUGCUGCUGCGGUUGAAGUAACAACUGAAUUAGCUAGUCCAGGAGCUUCCGGUGGCUCUUCAUCUGGAAAACUAUUUACCUGGGGAAAUGGAGAUAAAUACCGUCUUGGACAUGGUGAUACAGAAUCUAGACUUCUUCCCGAGUGUGUGGUUACUCUAGGUGAUGAAAAUAUAUGUCAAGUAGCUUGUGGGCAUGACCUCACACUUGCCCUUACAACAGCAGGGCGGGUGUAUACAAUGGGGAGUACUUCUUUUGGACAACUUGGAAGUCCUAAGGCUACUGGGAAGUUUCCGGCCAUUGUUGAUGGUAAAAUAUCAGGCAAAUCUGUUGAAGAAAUUGCUUGCGGUUCUUAUCACGUUGCAGUUUUGACUUCCAAACAAGAGGUUUAUACAUGGGGAAAGGGCACAAAUGGGCAAUUAGGCCAUGGGGAUAAUGAGGACAGAAAUACACCGACAGUUGUUGGCUCUGUAAAAGAAAAGCAAGUGAAGGCUAUAGCAUGCGGCUCAAACUUCACUGCAGUUAUAUGUCUUCAUAAAUGGGUUUCUAGUGCUGAUCAAUCAGUAUGCUCCGGUUGCCGCAAUCCUUUUGGCUUCAGAAGAAAACGGCACAAUUGCUACAAUUGUGGUCUAGUCUUUUGCAAAGCAUGCAGCAGUAGGAAAUCUCUGAAAGCUUCAUUGGCUCCAAACAUGAACAAGCCUCAUAGAGUUUGUGAUGAUUGUUUCAAUAAACUGAAGAAGGCUGCGGAACCUAGUUCAUUUCCACGAAUUCCUAGAUCCAGGACUCCAAAUAUGAACCAAAAAAUUAAUGAGGCAGCAGACAGUGAGAUUCUGGGUCCUAAAUUACAGGCACAACUCUCGAGACUUUCGUCUGGUGAGUCUAUAUGUCAGAUGGAAGGCGGGAAUUUGGCGCAUGAUGGAAGAUCUGAAUCAGAUACUAGCCGACUCUUCUCUGAUCUACAUGGGAAUGGGCAGCUGGGGGGCUUUAACUCAUCCAAAGUAUCAACUUUUCCAGGUGGAAUUUCAAUUAGAUCUCCAAGUCCAGCUACCUAUCACAGAAUGCCCCCUCUUCCAGGGAGGGCUACUCCACCUAGAUCUUCUUUUGAGGAUACAAAGCUUGUAAAUAACAGUUUAAGUGAUGAAGUUACAAGAUUAAGGGCACAGGUAGAAGAUCUUACUUCGAAAUCCUAUCGCCUUGAAUCUGAACUUGAAAGAAAAUCCAGACAGCUUAAAGAGGUUGCUGCAAUAGCAGCAGACGAAGCUGAAAAACGUAAAUCUGCAAAGGAAGUUAUCAAGACUCUCACUGCUCAGUUGAAGCAAAUGGCUGAAAAGCUGCCUGAACGGCGGAGUACUAGCCCUAUUUCAGCUUCUACUAUCAAACAGGUCUCCAGUGUUCAAAACAUAUCAUCGAGUGAAAGUCAUUCUUCAAGUGAACGCUCUCCUGAAAUUGAGUCCAACAGCAAUUUAGCUGAUCAUCAAAUGUUGUAUAAAACCAAAACUCAAACUGAUAAGCAGUGGGUCAUACAAGCUGAACCAGGCGUGUAUAUGACUUUGUCUUCCUUGCCAGGUGGUUCUAAUGAGCUCAAACGGAUUCGUUUCAGUCGGAAACAUUUUACAGAACAACAAGCAGAGAAGUGGUGGACAGAAAAUGGAACCAGGAUAUGUGAGCGGCACAACAUACAGAAUACAGAUUAGCGGACUGACAUUACUUUCCAUGAGCCUUUGCCUCUCCACUGGAAACUGUAAAAUCCCUUUUUGACCCGAGUCAUCGAGUGGAAUUUUGAUGACGAUCAUGGAUGUGCGUUUGACGGAAAGUAGGAGAAGAGGAUAAAAGUAAACGAUAAAUGAAGCGCAUUGUUGAGUUGUCCUCAAUGUAGGUAAAGAAAAAGAUGCACGUGAAGCAAACAGAUGUGUAAAAAGAAAGUAGACUUAUUAUGGAUUGAAUUUUAUUUCAAAAGCAGAGUCUCUCUAA